CCCUCCUCUUCUUCUUCAUUCUCCGCACAAACCACGCUUGAAAUCCCGACCGGCUUCUGUUGAAGUCAAAACUGAUGCUGAUCGAGUGAUCCAAGAGAGGUGGUCAUCGCGCAUUUACGCUGAUCUUCUCCAAUAUCUUCGUCUUGGCCUCUCGUUCUUCCUCGUUCCGUUGCACGUAAGCUGUUUGAUUUCUGUCCUCAGUGAGAGGCAUUUGCUUUUCUUGGUCUUGUUUCUUGAAUUUGGAGCAAAGCCAUAUUAGCAUCUCGAGAUGACCCGUCUUCAAUUCAUUGUUAAAACCGUAGCUUCCUCGAACGAAUGGAGUGCGGCAAGAGAGUUUGGAUGCUUCGUCACCUCGCUAGUGCGUUCGCCUACCCUGAGAAGAAAUUGGAGUUUUGGUGAGGUUGUACUUAUGGGGUCGCAGCGUAGAUUCAUGACCACUAGCAAGAGAGUGCAAGAUAGGAGCAAGAACAAGAGGGUCCAUGAUCUCGAAAUCGCCACCGAGAAGCAUAAAGUGGUGUCUAAGGUGUUGGUUCUGAUGGAAAUGUUGAAGAAGGAACCCGAGAUGAUAAUCCCCGUGAGGUCGCUGGAUCGACACCGGAGACAAAUUAAUUUGCCCAAGCCACACAGUAUAGUGGACUUCAUUCAGAAGUCGCCGAAACUGUUUGAGUUGUACAAGGAUCAGAAAGGGGUAUUGUGGUGUGGAAUGACUAAAGAAGCUGAAGACUUGUUAGAGGAAGAGGAGAGAUUGAUUAGGGAACACUCUGGCACGGCUGCUGAAUACGUGACUAGGAUGUUGAUGAUGUCGGUCAAUAAACGGCUUCCUCUGGACAAAAUUGCUCAUUUCAGGAGAGAGUUUGGUUUGCCAGCUGAUUUUAGGAGCAAGUGGGUACACGAGUAUCCGCAGCACUUCAAAGUGGUUAACUCUCCAGAUGAAGUUGAUUAUCUCGAGCUUGUAGAGUGGAAUCCUGCUUGGGCUAUCACAGAGUUGGAGAAAGCCAUAUUGGGGGUAUCGGAAUCUGCCUCUCAUACUCCAGGGUUGCUUUCCCUAUCUUUCCCCUUGAAGUUUCCUGCCAGUUACAAGAAGGUGUAUAGAUAUGGAGGGUCGAUUGAGCACUUUCAAAAAAGAUCUUACUUAUCUCCUUAUGCUGAUGCACGUGGCCUCCAAGCUGGAUCAAAAGAAUUCGAUAAGAGGGCCAUUGCAGUGAUGCAUGAGCUACUCAGCUUCACAAUGGAAAAGAGGUUGGUAACCGAUCACCUCACCCACUUUCGACGAGAAUUCGUGAUGCCUCAGAAGCUGAUGAGACUCUUGUUGAAGCAUCUUGGCGUUUUCUAUGUCUCUGAGAGGGGGAACAGGUUUAGUGUGUUCUUGACAGGAGCUUAUGAAGGUGCAGAGCUGAUUCAGAAAUGUCCGCUGGUUCUGUGGAAGGAAAAAGUCCUAAGCCUUAUUGGUUAUAGAGGGAGGAAGAAAAAGAUAGAAACUUUUACAGACAUAUCGGAUAUGGAAGAUAAUGAUUUUCUUGAGGGUAACUCUGAGGAUGAAGGCAUCCCUAUGCAGCUUGACCAACAAGAAGCCAUUAGCGAAUUGGAGGAUACUGCAGUUGGAGACAGCUCCUUCAUGGAUAUAUAUGAAAUCAACAAUGAAUACAAGCCUCAUGAUUCAUUUUAAGGUCAUAUGUUCUUGUUCAAGCAGUCAAGAUUACUUGCUUUCCAGUCUUCUUCUUCACAAGUUCAAAGUUUGGAGUAUUUUCUGUACAGAUUUAAUUAGACAAACUCGUCCUUACAUCUAUAAACCAAGUUAACGAAUAACGGACUGAUCCAUCUCAUUCCUUGUUAGUCCUAAACAUUGCCACUGGAACUCCUGAAUCAAUGAUUAAGAAAUGUGCAGAUAAUGCUUUUGGCAACUCUCAGCCUGCCUUGGUGCCAUCAAGGACAUCAGAAGCAGUCUAUGUACGGUGACCGGUUCAUUCCCAGUUAUUGGUCCGAGUUAAUGAGUUCUGCUAUUCUGAAGUUGAACUUACAACCCUGCAAGUUAUUUGAAUCUCAAUUGUUGGGUCAAAGAGAUGAUUGGGUAGUAGCAAUCAUGGAGAACAUAGCCUAUCUGCCGCUGCAAUAAUUAACGUUCUUUCUAUUGUUGUUUCAAAUUAGAUUCUGAGCUCACCCUGCAGUAAUGCCCUGUUCAUCGCUGUGAAUUCAGGUGCACAAUAUCUAAAACUUCCUUUUGCAACAUACUUUCAUUUGCUUUCUAUCUGAUUGCCUCUUCCAUAGGUCUUGCAAUUUCUAUUCAAAAUCUCCAUGAAACUAUGGCACACUCAUGUUUUUGGGUUCUACUAGAGAACUUCCUUUUGUUGUUUUUUAGAACCCAGCAUCGAAUGAUAAGUAGUUUAUAUAACUCUUUGUUUAUGUUGGGCUGUGUUUAUGGUUGAUUCAUUUCUUUAGCUUACUGAUUUGUUUGGAAGAAAGAAAUAGGAGAGCCUUUGAAAAUAGGAAGACUGGUUUUUUAGUUUGAAUCAUAGAUGGCUUUCCACAGCUUUUGGUUGUGUGGAAAUGACAUUACUAACGUGCAUUCUUUCUUAUACCUCAUAACAUGAAUUGUGUUCAUGAUUUGUUACGCAGGCUAGCAUCUGCUUGAUGCCAUUUUGCAAUAAAUUUCUUUUGCUUAUCAAAAUUCUUAGCAAACUCACUGGAGACAAUGUUGAGUAAUUUGCUUUCAAAUGUUGCCACUAGAUUUCUUCUCUUGCUCAUAAAAACCAUGAUAUCUUAAACUGCCUGCGACGAACUGAACUGCUACUGUAUAGCUAAAAAUAUUUUGCACUGCAUUUUUCUGGUUUUUGCUUUAUAACCAAAUACCAUGGUUUAUAGAUUUCAUUUCUUUUGAGGUUUAUUCGAGAUGACACUGAAAUAAUUUUCUUUUGAUUGUGGCAAUUAGAUCUCUUCUCAAGCCUGACAUAGUCCUAUGAACUCUCGAUAGCAUGCCAUGCUCGACUAAGUUCCUAAGAGCAUAUAAGGUUGUGUUAUUUAAAUUUGUUUGACUUAACAUAAACAGAAGCAGCAGAAAAGAUACUUUGGCCUUACCCUUGCAAUAUUUUUUGCAUUUGAUACACAAAGGUGACAAUGUAGUUGACAAACCUUUUGGCUUAGCAUCGCAGGUAAAGAAAGUUUUUUUGUCAUAGUUGAAUGGCGUGUUGUCGAGCACAUGAAACUUGGGGACAUCUAUGACAAGGGUGACAAAUUGUCCACUACAUAGAAAGGGAAAUGAUCAAGUGCUUGGAGCUCAUUAUAUGCCUCUAGCGAUGCUGAAAUGUGAUUAGAAGUGACGCUGAGGUGAUGGUGGACGGAUGUCACCCUGCAUAUCGAAGAUUAGGGUGGAAAGGGCGAUGUAAGAGAUGAUGUUCCUGGGGAAAGGUCAAGCAUUGGCCAUAGCUCCAACUAGAGCAACGACAGGAGUAAUGUAGGACGUGGAGGUUGAGCAUCAAUCUCAUUUGGAGCAUUGUGAAGGUUUUCCUGCAUCUCGUAUGCUCAAGGAGUGAGAGAGGAGCAUCCACGACAGUAAUUCUAUAAUAGCUGAACCUCUAUCAGGGAUUGAGCUUUGCACUGAUGUUUUCAAACUUGGGCCGCUUAGAGAACCAAUUAGGUUACCAGUUUGUGGUUCAACCGGUCCAAGCGCUUGGACGACGGGUGAACCAGUGAUGAUGUCAUGAGCAAACGAUUAUAGGUAUGUAAUGUUGUCGAUUGGCUGUGAGCACGUGAAUCGUUUGGCCUUGGGGGUAAAGCGGAGUGCCGGCGGUCCAUUGAGUUAGGUGCUCGAGCCCCUCCGUGUGCAACAGCAGCCAGAAGCCCAAUUCUGUACCUGUGAGACUCUAAAAUUGGGUCGAUCCAAUUUUGAAAACCAGUCUGUUUCGCUGGUUUAGCGAGUGAACCGGUGAUCAAACCGGUUCGAUCAUUUUGGCCAAACUCCCUGCACAUACUUUAUUAGUUUUGGGCGAGGAGAUCAAGGGGAAAGCAAUGGAAUUGGCCAAAAUAAAGGGGCAAGAGCUUUAUAGUCUUCGAAUGUGCUUGACAUUCAGCCACUGAAAUCUUUUUGCAACGGCUCGAAAUUAACAAAACUAA